AUGUCCGAUGUGUGUUUCGACUAUACAUUCAUGUUUUGAUGGUAGUCGGUCCAAUCGUGCUUCAUCGUAUGACGUCAUUGGAUUCUCGUUAUUUCGAAGAAAAAAGAAGAAAGAAAAUUGGAUGAUAAUUGAGAAUUGAGACAGUGUCGUGUCAUACUAUUGGCAACUUGUGCACGAAUUGCUGGAAUUAUCCUGCGAAUGGAUCAAUGGCCAGUGAUUAGUUUGCAGAAACCGAGGGAAAUCAAUGAGUGGAAGGGUGAAGUAUCAUGCCAGGAUGGAGAAGAGCAGUACUGAAGAUGACUGUUUGGACUUGUGUGUUGGUGGAAUUGUUUGUAAUGGGGGAUAUCAGCUUAUUAGGUGACAUUCCUCGACGAAAAUCACCUGAUUUGGUACUCGGUGCAAAUGCACUCACUAGAUCAGUGUUGAUCGAUCGCCAGGAAAGAUUGCAGCACAACUGUGAGGAGAUACUGAGGAUGGAGGCUCCUGACCUGGGCAAUUUCGAACCCAAAGACUUUAAUAAUAUUCUAGUGGACGAAGUCCACGAGUUACUUUACUGUUAUGUACCAAAAGUGGCCUGCACAAAUUGGAAACGCGUUCUGAUGAUAGCAACAGGUAAAUGGUCUGGAAAUGAGCCUCUGGAUAUACCAGCCAACUUGACCCAUGCUCCUGGCACUUUUCUACGUUUGAGUAAUUUUACCACAUCCGAAAUUGAAUACAGAUUGGCCACUUACGACACACUUAUUGCAGUAAGACAUCCCAUGGAACGAUUGCUGUCAGCUUAUAGAAAUAAACUCGAAGCACGUGAUCAGACUAGUUCGAAGUACUUUCAAACUCGUUUUGGAAGAAAAAUUGUCAAGAAGUACAGAAAAAAUGCCACCAAGGAGUCAUUGAGCAAAGGUGAUGAUGUGACUUUUGGAGAAUUUGUUGAUUUCAUCACUGCCGAUGACAAUAAAACGACUAAUGAACACUGGAGGCCAAUAAGCGAAUUGUGUUUGCCAUGUAUAAUUAAUUACAAUCUCAUUAGUAAAUAUGAGACUUUAGUGGAAGACGCUACGGAGGUGCUCGAAAGCAUUGGAGCGGGACACAUAAGUUUUCCAACGAAACCAAAAGACCGAGAGCCAACGGACAAAAAAUUGCAACAAUACUAUUCAGGGCUUUCAUUCAAACAGAUUAGAAAACUAAUUGAAUUUUAUAGGAUAGACUUGAAACUCUUUGAUUACUCGAUGGAAGAUGUCCUGGGAUUUUCCCUUGCGUAACAGAUCUAGCGUAAGGUGGUGCGUCUCCUUUUUCCAAAUAUCAUUUGUCCAUAUUAACAAUUUAUUUCUGGUAAAUCUGUUGGUCUCACAAAUAUUUUCGUUGUGCAACGUCAAAAUAGGUUAAAAAAAAAACGUACGUUGGUGUCGCCAGGAGGAAAUGCUGUGAUUAUGCAAUUCUCAUAAAAAGAAGUUUUCAUCGUGAUCAAUGAAUUAUUCUUCUAUGCUCAUGUGCCAAGUUUAUUUUAUGCAAUAUAAUUUUAAAUGUCAACAGUUUGGUGUCCUCUCAGGUACAUAAAUAAACCUAAUUAUUCAAGAAAAACAAUCGCAAUGAAAUAAAUACCAUGUCUUCGAUUUUUAUGAUCCAGCUUUACUUGGGUUGCAGAAAAAAACAUUGCAAUUACAUAAAAUAAAUUCAAUGAGGUGCUGAUAUCCUAUUAUUAGUAAUAAUAAA